UCAGGAGGUGAUAGAAAAGAGUGAGUUUAUGUCGGUACGUUCAAUGCAGAAAACAUUACUAAUCAACCCCACUGACAUUUUUUAUUUGUAAAGAGGAGACUUUGAUAGAAAGCAAAAUGAAAAAAAAAAAUUAAUUAAGUAGAAUUAAGUGUUUUUCAAUGCAAUCAAUGACAACACUGCAAAAUCUUGGCAUGGAAGUCAAGUUACUAAAGGCUUUGAAGUAUUCAAAACAUCAAACAAUUCAAACCCGUACUCAGGAACUACAAAUAGGCAUUGAACACAUGCCUUGUUGUCCAUCUUCCAAUACCUGCACAAAUCUAUCAAUUAACUUUGAAAACUUUUGCACAUUGAAAUGGCUCCUAGCGAAAAUAAAGACUAUUUUUACCCAUUUUUUCCUCUACCACCACCCCACCAAUAUCCUCCAUUCCCUCCAAAAGUACUGCCACCUCAUAGUUCUCCAAAAGUGGCCCCACCACAUAAACAUAAUUUUCCACCUCCUCCAACUCCAAAUGUGGCACCACCUCCUAACCCUCCAUUACCUCCAAAGGCUGCACCACCACAUGGCACUCCAUCCCCUCCAAAGGUGGCACCACCUCAUAAUCCUCCCUCACCUCCAAAUGCAGCACCACCUCACGGUAACCCACCCCAUGGCCCCAUUACACCACCACGGCCAUUACUUCCGCCACCAGCAACACCACCCCAUCAUUCUUUCUAUCCACCACCUCCCCACACCAUUUCACCCCCUUCCCCAACUGUGAUACCACCACCGCCUCAUCCUAUUUCCCCACCACCAGCACCAGGACACCAUUCUACUGUUAUUGUUAUUGUAUUUGUCUCACUUGGUGGUCUAUUCUUUCUUGCAUUCCUUUCAGUUGCUCUGUGUUGCUUCAUUAAGAAGAGAAAGAAAAAAACAGUUCAGAAUACUGAGAUUAUAAAUAUUGAUGAACAUAUAAAGGUUCAGGAAGCCAUUAUACCAGGCCCACAUGGUGAACAAAUCAAGGUAUUAUCAAUCGAAGAGGAUUUGCAUAUUGAGGAAGAGAUCAAGAAAAAUGAGAAGGUGAGUGAAGGUCCACAUAUUAAACCUGCAAAGAAUCAUCCUCAAGCUAGUCAAGCGGCAGCAUCCUCUUCUGUGUCCAGUCAUAAUCAUCUUGAGCAAAAGGCCUGAUUCAAAGCUACACAAAUAAAUGUCACAAGCAACAAAAUGAUUUAUAUUUACAACCACUAUUUUCUGAGACAACAAACUACAA